GAGCUCAAUUUUGAGUCUAGUAGCAAAUAGUCUGAAUACUUUUAUAAAUAUCUGUUUUUUAUUUUUAAAUAUUUUAGCAAAAAAAUUUUUUUUUAAACUGUUUUGUCAUUUAUGGGGUGUUUAAUUUAAUGAAUUUUAGAAUAAGGCUUUAACGUAACAAAAUAUGAAAAGUCAAGGGAUCUGAAUACUUUCUUAAUGCAUUGUACAUACUGUAUUGUUUGGGAUCAUUCACCCAUUGGAUAUAAGACACUAGAACCAUUAAAAUGAUUGAAAUUGGAGUAAAUGUUAUUUUUCAGCAGGGUUUGCAUGAUUCAGCUUAAAACAUUUGGCAAACGACAGCUGGCAGAGCGCACCAAAGCGGGUUAAGGUCUCAUGGCAUACUGGACCCAGUCAACACGUUGGGCUCGUGCCUAUUCCAUUUUAGACUUGAAGGACUCGGCAUGGACUUGGGGGGCUUCGUACGGAUGAGCUUUUCCCGCGUCCUGCCGAAUCAUAUUACUCUGGGCUCCGGCUAAUGGUACUCGAGCCGAGCCCAUUUCAGGUUAUCCGGCCCGAUUAACUUUUUCAGGAGUAGGGCCAUUUUAGGUUUUUAUUCGGCAAGGGAUGAAAUACCAAUAUAAAAAAAUAUUUUAAAAAAUAUAUAUAUUUCACCUCUAAGUCAUCGAAUUUUCUAGGUCAUAAAAUUUGUGUCAGUCUCUGCGUCCUAUAGCUAUCAGAGAUGGUCCCUAAUUUAGAGAAUAUUCAUCCUAUAAAUGCUUUUGCUUUUACUAAAGGCUAUGGCAGCUUUUGUUUUACAGUCCACCCAAUUAAAAAGUGCUCAUUCCUUUCCAUAACAUUGUUUCUAGGUUACCAGCAUAUAAGAUAUACAUGCACAAUAAUAACUUUACAAAAAUGAUCUGCUAACUUGCUGUGUGUGUUGGCUUCUAUGGUCAUCUUUUGUCUGUGUUAGCUAAUUGCACUGUUUAUUGUGCUGCACAUGUUCUUCUGUUCCACUGUAUGCCAUUUUGAUGUUCUAUUAUGACUAACAAAAAAAUAUCUGAAUUUAACAAAUAACACACAGGCCUAUUUUUUUCUAUAUCCUACUACAAUUUACCAGGAUUGACAAAAUCCUAUUUUUAUCGCAUUUAUUUUAAUCACUAAUUAGUCAAACAUGAUUGCACCUGAAUUUGAUCCUGAAAAUAUGAUUAUAAUAUUUCCCCUUAAAGCUUUUAAGCAAUUAACAUAAUGCAGGCAGUAAUUGUAUUUGAAUUUCAAUGGCUAAAUAAGGAGGUAGGCAUAUCAGUUCCAGCUGAAACUUGGAUUGGAAUCUGUGCUUCAUGUGCAGCAAUAGAUCUCUCCGUGCAGCAGGCAGCCUGCUUGCUUCAGCAUCAACAUUCCAUAAGGCCGUUGGGACAGAGCACCGGGCAGGCUACACAACAACACAGCUGGAAAAGAAUGACAGUUUCUCAAUGUACACCAAAAAUAUAUAUAUUUGACUGCUAAGUGGCAGUCCCUGUUCUCCGGCAUUUCUGUUUUACUGCUGUAAGUAAAGCGGUGGUUUGUUGGGGAAAAGAACGUCAAGGAAAGGUUCGCAUGCUAGCUAACUUUAGCUAACUAACAUUAUCUCUCUGGCUAACCCUCCGUUGACAUGGAAUGUUCCCACUGGACACACACUAGUUGAAUCAAUGUUGUUUCCACAUCUUUUGAAAUGAAAUUACGUUGAACUAGCGUGAGAUAGACGUUGGAUUAACGUCUGCUCCCAGUGGGGUCCAGCUUGGAUGGAAGGGUAGAGGUGGUAACAAAGGAAAGAAGUACAGAAGUUACCCAGCCUGCUGACUAAGACAUUUAAAUGGCCUAUCUCUCACUCUCCAUCUGUCUGCCUGACUGCCAGAUUGCUGAGGGGCAACAUAGUCAAUGUACUUGCUAAGUCUAACUUAGUGAAGACCUUAGGCAAUGGUUAAUCAUGAUUUGUCUCGGUCUUUAAAGUUCCUGAAACAUGUCAAUGACGUGAUGCACGGCUUCUACACCAGUGCUUGGCCACACACUCAGUUACCAGUGACCUAUUCUACUACAUCCCAGGGAUAGGAGUGAGCAGACCAACCCGUCUGACAGUUUUGUGUGGAAAAUUUUGUUUUUGUCUAUUUGAAACUCUGAUAUUCAAUGUGAAUUGAUUCCUACUAAUCAGCUUUGUAAGAGCUAGGUUUGUACUAGCUAUGCUGAUGAUGGUUAACAUUUUUUCAUUAAAUCACUGAGACUGGAUUCCCCAAGAGACAUGCUAUUCAGCUGCCCAUGAUUGCCUGAGUGCAAAACUGUUCUGAUUCAAGAGAUACCUACCUCCCUUGAUUAAUUCAUUGGUCAUCAAUGUUCCACUUCAAUAUAAGGGCCAGAGGAGCAAGCAUGCCUUUGCUACCACUAGUGUGUGCUCUUCAUUGUAGUUGUUUGUGGUGACCAUGUUCUGGGCCCUAUACUUGUAUGACAGAGACCUGGUGUACCCCAGACUUCUGGACAACUUCAUACCCCAGUGGCUCAACCAUGGCAUGCACACCACCGUCCUCCCCUUCAUCAUCAUUGAGAUGAGGACCACGCACCACCAGUAUCCCAGCAGGCCUUGUGGACUGAUAGCUGUGUGCAGCUUCGCUGUGGGAUAUGUUCUAUGGAUGUGCUGGGUGCAUCAUGUGACCGGCGUGUGGGUCUACCCCCUGUUGGAGCAGAUCAGUCCCCUGGCAAAGGUGGCCUUCUUCUCCUGCCUCACUGUCCUGAUUAACAUCUACUACGUCCUGGGAGAGGUCCUCAACAGCUACAUCUGGGACGGCUCCAAAUGUGUUAUAGACACAGACAAGGCUAAAGCUGACUGAAGGCCAUUGCGGAGUAGGAACACUGCAUUGUGGGUCGCUGCAAAGACAGGCCCAAUCCCAACCCGGACAGCAUAAUAACAACCUCUAUGUAAAUAAAUUAUUUUAAAAAAUAUGUGGGAAUAUGAUCAGAUUUUUUUCUCUUUUGAAAAUAACCUUUUGGGCUUUUAAAGUGCUGAGUCCUCCUCUUGAAGUUGUUGGACUGUAGCUAAGACCUGAGAUGCCUGUUUCCCGUCAAUGACAAGGUGGGAUAUGAAUUCACCACUUUGCUAUGGACUAGGAGGUAUUACGAUGACAUUACAUUUACUCACGUAUUAGUAUUUACUAUUUAAUCAUCCUGUUUAUCCAUCUCUACGACUCAAGUAUUAUCUGAACACCGAGUAUACUGCAUUAAAUGGAAUGAACUUAUUGCUAUGGGUGUGAUAUUAAUCUUAAGAUGCUUAGGCACUCCGGCAGAGUUAGCAAAAGCCUUGUAUCAGGAUUAGCUUUCUCUUCUUUUUCUCCCUUUUCACUGGAGAGCUUUCUAGCGAGGGCAUCUCGCCUACAGAGUGGCAUGAAUGACAGCCUUUUCCUGGUUGUGUAGUGUCUAACAGCUGUACCAUAGAAUGUUAUUUUCUAGGACAGCCAGACUUGUGAGCUCCACUGUUCAAAAUUACCCUUUCUUGUUUUUAUGUUUUUGUAAAAAGGGAUGACAGCGUUUGACUCUUGAAGUGUGUAUGGUCUUUCAAUAAAAAGGUGUUAAGUUAUUUCGAGCGAG